GCUCAGCUUAUAGAGGCUGCUGUUUAUUCAUUGUUGACAAUGAAUUUGUAGAAAUAACCGUGGCGCUACGUUUGUGAUCUAAUAUCUUUGGAGAAAACGCACAGAUGAUGCAAGUACGAAGCAGCAGUCACCACCAUCUUCAGUUGUGUUUCAUUCGCAGAGAAUACAAGAAGCUGUUACUGCGAGCUACGUGAAGGUAACAGUCACAUGUACGCAGAGGCUAUGUGCGUGGCGCUGUUGCUAGGGGCAACAUGCAGUCCCGUGCAAGCAGUUACAAACAGUGAAACACCCUCCACUAACGACAACACCGAGAAGUUACGAACUGUAAUAGCAAUAGAUUUUGGAACAGACUAUACCUGUGUAGCUGUGGGUGAGAACGAUCAUGUUGAGAUCAUCCCCAAUGAACAGGGGAACAGGGUAACCCCCUCGUAUGUAGCGUUCACCCCGGAUGGGGAGAUACUGAUCGGACACGCCGCUAAGAACCAAAUGACCACAAACCCCGAGAACACCAUCUUCGACGUCAAACGUCUGAUUGGUCGCACAUGGGAUGAUCCGUCCGUGCAGCGCAAUAUACAACGAUAUCCUUUCAAGGUAAUAAACAAGGAAAACAAGCCGUACAUAGAAGUAAGAGUUGGCUCAGAGGGCAAAGUGUUCGCUCCCGAGGAGAUCGCAGCGAUGGUGUUGUCGAAGAUGAAGGAGAUAGCAGAGAACUACCUUGGAGAAAACGUCACCCACGCCAUCGUCACCGUCCCUGCCUUCUUCAACGACGCCCAAAGAAUGGCAACCAAAGACGCUGGCACCAUGGCUGGGAUGAACAUUCUACGUGUUAGCAACGAACCAUCUGCUGCCUCUAUAGCGUACGGCCUUGACAAGUUAGAUGGAGAAAAGAACGUACUGGUGUUUGACUUGGGAGGGGGAACGAUUGAAGGGUCAAUCCUAACCAUCGACAAUGGCGUUAUCGAGUUGGUGGCCACCAAUGGCGACACGCAUCGAGGUGGUCAAUACAUCGACCAGAGACUGAUAGAGUACUUUAUCAAACAAUACAAGACGAGGACGGGGCAGGACCUACUGGAGGACAGCGGGGCCAUCCAGAAACUGCGUCGUGAGGUGGAGAAGGCGAAGAGAGCCCUGUCAUCCCAGCAUCAGACUCGGGUGGAGAUCGAGUCUCUUAUGGGCGGCCAUGAUUUCUCCGAACACCUCACUAGAGCUAAGCUGGAGGAACUGUACGUAGACCUGUUUGAAUCAACUUUAAACUACAUGCAGUCCGCUUUAGAAGAGGAAUACUUGAACAAGACGGACAUCCACGAGAUUGUUCUGGUCGGAGCAGCAAGUGAGAUACCCAAGGUUCAGCAACUGGCCAUGGAAUUCUUUGAUGGGAAGGCACCAAAGAAAGGCAUUCACCCGGAAGAGACAGUAGCCUACGGAGCAGCCCUUGUUGCAGCAUUUUAUGCUACCUACGACGAGACCAAGGAUGAAUGUUUUGAUAUCAUAGAAAUCAAUCACUUGAGUCUCGGCAUCGAGACCAUUGGAGGCGUCAUGUCAAAGAUCAUCAGUCGGAACACAGUCACUCCUACCAAGAAGACACAGCAGUUCACAACAAUAGAGGACGACCAGGAUGUGAUGGAGGUCCUUGUCUAUGAAGGCGAGAGAGCCAUGACGAAGGACAACCAUAUCCUCGGGAAGUUUGAACUCAAAGGAAUUCCUCCAGCGGCGAGAGGGGACCCCCAGAUCGAUGUUACAUUUGAGAUAGACGUGAAUGGUAUAUUGACGGUCACGGCCGAGGACGUAGAGACGGGAAAUAAGAAUAGCAUUGCCAUUCAGGACCUCCACGGAGAUGCACUCUCGCCUGAAGAUCUGGAGAAGAUGAUUCACGAUGCUGAGGAGUUUGCUGAGGAAGACAAAGAGAUGACGGAGAAAACGGAAGCUGAACUUAGAGCCGGGGAUAAAUGGACGAACAGAAAGGCUGUGAGAAGGAAACCCAUCAUAUCAGGUGACCCGGAGGAUGUUUCCCGUGACGAACUCUGAGGGAGGAAUUGGAACAAGGAGAUGAAAGAAUGAUGCUGGAAACUAAAGAUGCAUGGAUGUUGUGAGGGGAAACUUAUUUAUAUUCUCAAUGUAUAUUAAGUUUUGGUGUUGAAUCAUCAAGAAAUUUCUGAAUAAGAUUGUGUGAAAUGUGUUCCUGUAACUAUGUAGAAAAUGAGUACGACUUCUUAUUGAUAUGCACUUCUUAUCAUGAUUUCCCUGUCGAUGUUCCACCCAUCCAACCCUGUGUCAGUUUAACCGCCUGAUGAGUAAUGAUAGUCCACUGGUCUUAAGAAAUCUUGCCAUGUUCAUCUUCUCUGCUAAUAAUUGUCAUCGCUGCAGCUUAAAGGCUGCUAAUAUAUAACUUUGUAUCAUGGGCCGAUGGCCUACAUUCACAUGAAUAAAGAGAGAGAGAGUGAGGAAGGACACACUACAACGAUAAUGGAUGGUUGAGAGUUUUAUCUAUAUCCCUAGCUCUGUACCGACGACAUAUGCUAUGCAUAAUGCGAAGGUGAGAGAUAGCUCAGUUGAUAUAUGUGUAUGUGUUGUAUGAGGCCAUUCGUCACCACUCGGCCCUUUCCGUAACCUCCAGGACGCUGUUCGGCUUGUCCCGGAAUAACACGAGUUGGUCACGAAUGGUAUGGGGCUUCCCAUUAAUGAAACACUUUCUCAGUCCUGCCCGUCAAACGAAUCAUCAUGUUUGUCCAGGAGAAGAGUUUAUCUAUACAUUUUUUGUACAUUCAUUUGUGUAUUUAGAUUUUGGUAUACAGGUGUAGACAAUACAAGGAGUGUAUAUGUACAUGUGUGUAAUAUAGAAAAUAAAAUAUUUCUUCAUUUACACCUGGACAUGUGUGAUAUAUAAAUAACGAAGAGUACACAAACACGUGUGUGAUGUGGGAAAUAGAAACUUUGUACAUUUACAAGUGUAUGAUGUAGAACAUAUAUGAUUUGUACAUUUACACGUGUGUGAUGUAGAAAAUAUAUGAUUUGUACAUUUACAAGUGUGUGAUGUAGAAAAUAAAAGAUAUGUGCAUUUAAACGUGUGUUAUGUAGAAAAUAUAUGAUUUGUACAUUUACAAGUGUAUGAUGUAGAACCUAUAUGAUUUGUAAAUUUACACGUGUGUGAUGUAGAAAAUAUAUGAGUGUGUACAUUUACAAGUGUGUCAGGAACAAAAUAAAAGAUUUAUAAAUGUA